UCAUUCGCAGAGAGCACACGCAUACGCACAUACCUAUAUCCUCCAACAAGCACACUCACAGCUGUUGAUACUUCUGUCUCUCUCUGAUGAACGGCGGGACAGCCGAGGAGCAAAGCCUGCAGGAAUCUGGAAGAAUAUAACGACCUAAAGCAUCUGUAUGGAAAAUCUGGACGGACAAGUGGAGCGACUUGCUUUCUGAUCAGAGCCUGACUCUUGUUUUCAGUCAUUUGUAUUCCGCACUUCCUCUUUCAUACGUCUUUCACGGCUUGUCUGUUGGAAUCUGAGCACUGACUGUAAGCAGCAGACAAAAAUAGACAUGAAUUUUGCCACUUCUCUUCUACUACCACCUAAUUUCUGCCAAUAGCUGACCAAGGAGGAAAUUUAAGGUGUGCGUCAAAGCAGCAGCCAUUGAGCAAACUAGUGCAGAGAAGCAGGCAUGAGUGCAGACAGCCAUCAGGAGGUAGUGACCACUCCUCCACCACCUGGUGGAGGGACCAAGGAUCGCUACUUUGACCGGGUCAACGUCAACGAUCCGGAGUACAUCAGAGCCCGGAACAUGUCGCCUGAUCUCCGGCAGGAUUUUAAUGUUCUGGAACAAAAGAAACGCGUCACACAGAUACUUCAAAGUCCGACUUUCAAAGAAGAGUUGGAAAGUCUGAUCCAGGAGCAGCAGAGAAAAGGGAACAACCCGACUGGACUUCUGGCCCUCAGGCAGAUCGCAGACUUCAUCAUGGCCAGCUCGGUGGCCGGCUUCAACACGUCCCCUCUCAGUCUGGGGAUGGUAACUCCCAUCAACGACUUGUACGGAGUGGAAUCCUCCACCAUGGUGAAAGGCGAGAAGCUGACGCGCUGUAAACUGGCCAGCUUGUACAGACUGGUGGACCUGUUCAGCUGGGCACACUUCGCCAACUCCUACAUCACAGUGAAGGUGAACAUCAUCGGGGAUGUGAUCGAGCAGGGCUCCACCAACCUGAGGAUUGACCCCGCAGGUUUCAGCCCACACGCUGCCAUCUACUCCAUGCGGCCAGACAUCCGCUGCAUCAUACACGUGCACACGCCUGCCACAGCAGCUGUGUCAUCUAUGAAGUGCGGCAUCCUGCCCAUUUCUCAGGAGGCGUUGAUCUUGGGUGACAUUGCGUACUACAGCUACCAGGGCAGCCUGGAUGACCAGGAGGAGCGUAUAGAGCUGCAGAAGGCCCUGGGGCCCACAGCGAAGGUUUUGGUCUUGAGAAAUCACGGCGUGGUCGCUCUCGGGGAGACCAUCGAAGAAGCCUUUCACUUCAUCUACAACGCCCACUACGCCUGUGAAAUCCAGGUGAAUGCCAUCUCGUGUGCUGGAGGGGUGGACAACCUCAUAGUGCUGGACCAGGAGAAGUACAAAUCGCGAGUGUUCACCGUGGCCUCGUGUGACAGUGUCAACAUGAGCGGUCAACACAAGUGGAAGAAGGGAGAGCUGGAGUUUGAGUCGCUGAUGAGAAUGCUGGAUAAUCUGGGCUACAGGACGGGUUACGCCUACAGACACCCCAUCGUGCGAGAGAAGCCGAGGCACAAGAGCGAAGUGGAGAUCCCUGCCACAGUCACGGCGUUUACGUUUGAAGAGGACGGCGACGCCACCCGGCUGCCCUUCAAGUUCCUGCAGCAGCGACAGCAGAGGGAGAAGACACGUUGGCUCAAUUCGCCCAACAGCUACACCAAGGUCAGCGUGGAGGGUGGAGAGGAGCGCUACAACAGCCGGACAACCACGUGGUUGAAGGCGGACGAAACAGGAACUCCGAUCCGGAUUGAGGACGCCAAUCAGUUCAUCCCUCUAAACACAGACCCCAGUGAGGUGCUGCAAAAAAGAAACAAAAUCCGAGAGCAGAACCGGUUAGAUGUGAUGUCAUCAGGGCCAAGGUCCCAGCACCUUGCAGGCAUUCCUGCUGACGUACCACGACAGGAUCUGGGGCAGAUAGGAGUAAUGCCAUACGUGCCCACAGAGGAGGAGCAGAUGGCUCCCCUUCCUCCCAACCCAUUCAGCGAGCUGUCAGAGAAGGAGCUGGAGGAGUAUCGCAAAAACGUGGAGAGACGGCAACUGGGCCUCAGCGAUGGCGAGCACGAGCUAACUUCUGAUGAUGGCUCCACUCUGUCUCAGUCUCUGUCUGUCACUCAGUCUCCACAAAGCACUCCUGCCAAAGAAGAAAACCACACAGGCCUGAUGAACGGCAAAGACAAGCACGACGACGAGCUGUCGAAGCGCGUCAGUCAGCUGACCACCAGCGUGGAGAGCGUGGAGAUUACAGUGAGCGCCAGCGAGAAGAUCGAGGAGGUGCUGUCGCCCGAGAGCUCCCCCUCCAAGUCGCCCAACACCAAGAAGAAGAAGAAGUUUCGCACGCCGUCCUUCCUGAAGAAAAACAAAAAGAAAGAGAAAACGGAGGCUUGAGUGCAAAUGGGGGAGUCAGGAUGAGCGUGAAGAAGAAAGUGGGGCUGCAUUAACCCUUUAUUUCUGUUUAACAUAUGUGUAUUUUUUUGUUCUUUUAUGUUGUUUUUUUUCUUUUAAUUUUAUUUGAUUUUUUUUAACAAGAGGUUUUAUGUGCAAAAAGCAGAAGAAAUAUUUAAAAAAAAAAACUGUUGGUUUGUAAUAAAAACAAUAGAAAAUCUCUGUCCUUCUGCAAACAGACAAGAAUGUUUGGAAACUUUUGGGAUGGAUGCGAGUCCAUCAAAAGAACCUGCAACAGGUGAGGGUGGUGAGGGCAGGUGUUGGUGUGUCCACAUACCUGAUAAGUCAUGCAGUACUCUAACAGGGCUCCUUGGAAAGUCUUGUUUAAAUCCUGAACAACUGGCUCCUUUUUAUGUUUUCCCCCUAGGCUCAGAAAUCUAAAAGUGAAGCCUUUAUUUGCAUUUCUUGCUUUAUUAUCCCAUUUUCUGAACGUACUGGACGGUAUCGUGAGUGUUUCUAAACUGCACAGGUUUGUGGUUUUCUUGAUUCUGCAUAAGACACGAGAGGCCACAGAAAACAUGGGAGUCACUGGAAAACUGAUUUAGGGGGAAGGAAAAGCAAAACAGUUUUGUGCUGGUUUGUUAUUCUGAGGGAAGUUUUCUCUCCA